AUGACGCAAAUUACUGUUAUUUAUUUUCGUAACCCUUGUGCAAAAUGGAAUACAACUGCUAUUACUAUAGCCGGCAAUGGUAUUCAAGGAAAUACCCCAACGCAACUUUCUUAUCCACAAGGAAUUUUUAUUCAUGAUAAAACAAAACGUUUAUUUGUAUCAGAUUCUUUCAAUAAUCGCAUACAAACAUUUCCACUUGAUCGAUCGACAACAACUGGUACUACUGUAAUACCUCGUAUAUUACAAGGUUUUAAAAUCUAUCUUGAUGAUGAUGAUGAUGAUUUUCCAACUAUCUAUAUUGCUAUGAAUGGUGCAAGUCGUGUAGAAAAAUGGAUCAAGGGUGCUACUCAUGGUAUAAUAAUUGGUGAUACAUGUCUUGAUUGUACAGGCGUAUGGUUAGAUAAAGAAAAGAAUGUUUAUAUGACAGAACGUAAACGAAAUCGUAUUCUUAAAUGGUCACCUGUAACUAAUCUAACUACCAUAGCAGCUGGUGAAACAGAUCAAAGUGGACCGAGGCCUGAUCAUCUUAAAGAUCCCGAAGGAAUUUUUGUAGAUAAAAUUACAAAUGAUUUAUAUAUAGCAGAUUUAGUAAAUCAUCGCAUUCAGAAAUGGCCAAAAGGUGCUAAAGAAGGUGUUACAGUAGCUGGAUCAAGUGAUGGUGAUCCAGGAUCAGAUGCUAAAUCUUUAGAUAGACCAUAUGGUUUACGUGUUGAUGAAGAAACAAAAUCUCUUUAUAUAGUUGAUUUAUUAAACAAUCGAAUUCAACGUUGGAAACAUAGAGCAACCGAAGGCGAGACUAUUGCGGGUGAUAAUGGUGAAGGCAGUAAGAGUAAUCAAUUUCAUCAUCCAACUGAUUUAGAUUUCGACAAUGAAGGUAAUCUUUAUGUGAGUGAUGCCUGGAAUCAUAGAGUUCAAUUGUUUCUUUUGAUUGAUAAUGAACCCUGUGUUGGACCAUCAACAACACCAGUAUCAACAGGAAGUUCAUUAAAAUCUAAGUAA